AUGGCCGGAUAUAAAAGAAAUCAGGAUUCAUUUCAAGCAUCAAAUUCAAAUAAUAAUAUAAAUAACUUGAUAACUACUAACAGUAGUGAAGCACAGCAAACAAAACGCCAACGUUCAGAAAAUAAUGAUUAUGAAAGCAUUUGUUGGAAAUAUUUUGAACCAUUCGAGGUCCCAAAGGAGAAUGGAACAAUAACAAAAUGUACGGUUCCUGGAUGCACAACGAGAUACAGUUGGUGUGGAUCUACUUCUAAUCUUUCUUCUGGCCUCAUUAAUCCACAAAUUGAACUGCCUCUGGAAAAGCAAAUAAAUAAAGUAUAUGAACGGUUAUUUCUUCAAUUGAAAUUAAAAGCUCAGCAAGCAAACUCUGUUAUGCUCUCAAUUGACCAUAUAUAUAUUGAAGAAAUUGAGGAGUAUAAACC